GCGGCCUGUAGGGCUCAGCGCAUGCGUGCUGCCCGCACUGGCGCGACCUGGGUCUAUGAUGAUGGCGCUGGGCAACCGCAGCGCGCGGCGGCUGGGGUUUCUCCUCUCCACGCUGAAGUCGGAAAUCUACGUUCCCCUCGCACGGCCCGCUGCCGCAUUCGGCACUUCAGUAACCUCUGCCAAAGUGGCUGUGAAUGGCGUCCACCUGCAUUAUCAGCAGACGGGAGAGGGCGACCACGCAGUCCUGCUGCUUCCUGGAAUGUUGGGUCUGGAAGGAAGUGGAGAGACUGAUUUUGGACCUCAGAUUAAGAACCUGAAUAAGAAGCUCUUCACAGUGGUUGCCUGGGAUCCUCGAGGAUAUGGACAAUCGAGACCCCCAGAUCGAGAUUACCCCUUGGAUUUUUUUGAAAGGGAUGCAAAAGAUGCUGUUGAUUUGAUGAAGACACUGAAGUUUAAAAAGGUCUCUUUGCUGGGGUGGAGUGAUGGUGGUAUAACAGCACUCAUUGCAGCUGCAAAGUAUCCAUCUUACAUCCACAAGAUGGUCAUUUGGGGAGCCAAUGCCUAUGUGACUGAGGAGGACGAAAUGAUUUAUCAGGGUAUCCGAGAUGUUUCUAAAUGGAGUGAGAAAUCAAGAAAGCCUCUAGAAACCCUAUAUGGGUAUGACUACCUUGCAAAAACCUGUGAAAAAUGGGUGGAUGGCAUAAAACAGUUCAAACAUCUUCCAGAUGGUAAUAUCUGUCGGCACUUGCUGCCCCUGAUUCAGUGCCCCACCUUAAUUGUUCACGGCGAAAAGGAUCCUCUGGUCCCUCGUUUUCAUCCUGACUUCAUACAUAAGCACGUGAAAGGGUCCCGGUUGCAUCUGAUGCCAGAAGGCAAGCACAACCUGCAUUUACGUUUUGCAAAUGAAUUCAACAAAUUAGCAGAAGACUUUUUACAAUGAAAAUGUCUCUGAGAACAUGACCUGGUGAUUCUUGAGCGUGGGGGCUUUAGCCUGUUGUCUUUGAAAUCCACCCGUGUCGCACCUCUGGUCACCUGCCUUCCAGGCUUUCUACUCCUCCAUGUAACUGCUGAUAAUCCAAUAUGAAUGAUGACAUAUUAAAAACAUUCUCUAGCUUUAAUAGCUAAGAAAAUUAAAUCUUAUUUUUUAACAUUAAGCUGUGAAUUUCUACCAUUUCUUAAAAAGUAAAUUCCUAUCAUGAUUUCCUUUACUUGCAAAUAAAUCUUAGAUGAAGCAUU